GCUCAUAGAUUUCUCGGAAAAUUGUUCACGGUUUGUUCAGUGAUUCUCAAUUCCGCUGCGUAGUAUCAGCUUCCUGGAGAUCUAACGUUUUCCGAAAUUGAAUUGGGCGGUGGGAAAGUUUCUUCCUUGAGUCGAUCUUGUGAUGUUUCGAUCAAAUCUAUGAUCUUUCUGGAGUAAUGAAAAGUUUUGGUUGAUCAAAAGUUUCAAGACUAGAUCCAAAGAACACCCACGAAAGAGGUCCUGCUUUGCUUCCCUGUGAAGAAGCAUCAUCGGGAAAUAACACAAAUGGAUUACCGACCUUCUGAUAGUAGUGGUACGGAUGAUGACCUACCUCCAUCACAUCAAAAUAGAUAUCAAAGAAGCGGGAGACCUGCCGGUAACGGCAGACCUUCAGUUCUCAACUCUGCUCCUUUAUCAAGAGUGCACAAUGACAUGGAAACUCAAAUUCAUCUCAUUGAGCAAGAAGCCUAUAGCUCAAUACUCCGUGCAUUCAAAGCCCAGUCUGAUGCUAUCACUUGGGAGAAAGAAAGUUUGAUCACUGAACUCAGAAAAGAACUUCGGGUGUCUGAUGAGGAACACAGAGAGCUCUUAUCAAGGGUUAAUGCUGAUGAAAUGAUCAGGCGAAUAAGGGAAUGGAGAAAGGGUAACAGUGUUCCUCAGAUGGUUCAUGAUAAUGCUCCGAGUCCAGCUGUUUCAGGAUCACGUAAGAAGCAAAAGACAUCACAAUCAAUGGGCCCUCCAUCUCCUGCUCUGCACCCAUCAAUGCAACCAUCUUCUUCUGCGCUAAGAAGGGGAGGUCCUCCUCCACCAGGUCCAAAGACGAAAAAGCCAAAGACAUUCCCAGCUACAGGCAUUGCUGGGAGGCCUCAGGGAGGUGCAUUGACCAAUGAACCAGGUGAAGCAGGAUCAUACGACCCGUUGAUUGGAAAGAAGGUGUGGACAAAGUGGCCUGAGGACAACCAUUUCUAUGAAGCCGUUAUUACCAACUACGACCCCAUUGAGGGGCGGCAUGCUUUAGUGUAUGACAUUAGCACUCCGAAUGAAACUUGGGAAUGGGUAAAUCUUAAAGAGAUAUCUCCGGGAGAUAUCAGAUGGGAAGGUGAGGAUUCUGGGGUUUCUCGUAAAGGAGGACAUCCUGGGCAAGGCCGUGGAAGUAGUACAAAGGCCAUGCCUCGUGGUGGUCCUAGCGGUAGGGGUCGGGGAAACAUGAAGAUACAGCCACACAAGGCACAUAAUGGCAUUGGGAAGAAAAGUUUAGGCGAUAUUGAAAUACUCCACACUGAUACACUAAUAAAAGAGAUAGAAAAAGUUUUUGGAUCAGUUAACCCCAACCCAGCAGAGGUAGAGAAAGCAAAGAGAGUGCUAAGAGAUCAUGAGCAAGCUCUUGUGGAUGCAAUUGCAAGGCUUGAAGAAUUAUCAGACGGAGAAAGCGGUAAUAUUUGAUAGGGCCUUAGCUCUUCUCAGGUUCACCAACGCAGAUGGAGUCUGGCUGAAAGGUGUAGAUGGUGGUGGCAAUGUGAAUCAAUGAGGGAAAUUUGGAAACUUGUAUGGAUAUAAAGCAAACUGUAUUUUGUUUUAGGGAGAAGAUUUGUAAUGACUUUUGUGUGCCACAUUACUCCAGUAACUGGCUGUAAGCACUAAGCAUUGUAAAAUCCACCAGACGUUCAUAUAAAUGUAGAAUGUUGCAGAGACGUGUAAAA